ACACAUGAAACUUUGAUUUAAUAUUAGUCAUUUUUGUUUCUGCCUGUGUGUAUUUCUUUUAUACAUAUAUAUAUAUAUAUAUAUAUAUAUAUAUAGAAAAGUGAUUUUUUCUGCUAAGCUACUAAAGAGAGCCCACUUUGAUUAUAUUGAAUGGUCAAACUCAUCAAACGAACUUUCCACUUGGCAAAACGAAAUCUUGUCCUUCAAAAUAUUGUGUGAAAGCAUGAAAUGCCAUGAAUCAUUAGCCAAAUCAAAUCUGAUUUAACAUAUUUCCUAGGAACCGUUGGUCCACCAAGCAAGAACGCUUCUCAUAAGAACUUAAAUGGAUUGCAUGGUAAUAUUGUGACCUAAAGAAAGGAAGUAAUUAAUAUCUAGUAACUCCUUUUUCUAUUUAUUGCAUUAUCCAUAAAAAUCUGGAUUUUUAUCAUCCUAAAUAACCUUCAUGAUAUAUGACCUUGACACCAAUCUACCAUUGAUCGACAAUAUAUGAUCCGACCUCAACACACCAAGAUAGCACGAGGAGAACCAACGGUAGGACAGUUCAACAUGAACCAUUCAUCCCAACCACUUGCACCUACCAUGCUCGAUAAGCCCAUGCCUCAAUCUCAUGUCUCGUCCCAAUGUGAGUUGUAGAUCUCCCACAUGAGACUUGGACCUGUACACCUCAUAAUGGGAUGGUGACUUCUGUAAUCGCCUCUAAAUCUAACUAGGACUAAUAACAAACUUAACCAGGCAUGAGUUAGGCGGUUAUUUAACCAUAAGACUUAAGAUGGUUGAGUUAACUGUUAUAGGAUUAACUAUGGUCGAAUUAACCGUUAUGAGAUCGUCUUACUCAGUAUAAGAAAGGGACGAGCUCGUGAAUAAGCAAAGAUUCCACAUCAACAAUGAAGAGGAGAGCCGAGAGCCUAGCCAAUCAGAGGGACCAUCAACGUCUAUAUAAAAGAUACUUAGCAAAUUCCGAAGAGCGAAAUCUUGCAUCAACACUUCAGAAUGAUUAUGCAGGCGACCCCACUUUCUAAUCUAGAUCCACCUCACAGAAACCGUUUAAUCAAUAUCGACAUAUCAGGAUUGCCUGCAUUGGUCCACAUUCUAAUUCAGCAAUCAACGGUAAAUCCCCUCGCCUUCAUUGCUUUGGAGAAACUCCUUAAGCCACGCCAAAAUCUCUGCCACCUCGUCUGUUUCGUCGUAGUGGAAGGAUUUCAAAUUGUAAAUGAAACUUGUCAAAGUGUCAUCUGUUAACAGAAUUUCACGUAUGCUUACAGAGAGCGCGCCAUGUGCACAUAAACCAGAGACAAUCUUCCGUUACAAAACAGGGACCAGAGAAAGUAAGAGAGAGAGAGAUUUCCCCUUCCCUUCUGAACUUUUUGGUAAACUUUUGAAGCGAAGAGGUUAAUCGAUGGAGGAGAAAAAGCUAUUCCAAGUUCAACUGAUCAAUGUAAUUCUGAGAACUCCCAUUGUUUGAACAUUUGCAGAACAGUGAAGACUCUGGCUUAUCAUUGACAGGUUGAUUUGGUCGGAGGAUACUACGAUGCCGGCGACCAUGUCAAGUUUGGGCUUCCAAUGGCCUUCACUGUGGGCGACGGAGACACAGAUCACUAUUGCUGGCAGAGACCGGAGGAACUGACGACGUCCAGACGAGCUCACAAGAUCGAUGAGAACAACCCUGGUUCGGAUCUGGCAGUCGAGACAGCGGCUGCCAUGGCCGCAGCAUCAAUCGUGUUCAGGAAAUCCAACCCACAUUACUCUCAUCUGCUAUUACAUCACGCCCAACAGUUACUGAUGGAAGAAAAACACAAGGAACACGCUAUCUAUGUGGAUGCCUUAACAAAAACAACGACGACGACAAUGUCGAAUGCACACCGACAGGCCUCUUAUACGUCCGUCAAUGGAACAACAAGCAAUACGUAUCGACAGCAGCUUUCCUUCUCAUCGUUUACUCAGCUGCUUACAUUACUCAACUCAGAAACUACACUGCCAGAGACGAGAGGUGGAGGCCCAAGAACUCAUGGGCUUUGCCAAAGCCCAGGUGGAUUAUAUAUUGGGCUCCAACCCAAUGGGGAUGAGCUACCUUAUGAGUUAUGGAGCUAAGUAUCCCAAGGAGGGUCAUCUAUUGUAUCGUAUAGAGAGAAUAAAGGGUUCAUAGGGUGCACACAAGGGUACGAUAAUUGGUAUGGUGCUCAUAACCUAACCCUAAUGUUUAUGGUGCUCAGAACCUAACCCUAAUGUCCUGGUGGGGGCUUUAGAUGUUGGGUCCGACUGCGAAGAUAAUUUUGGGGACCAAAGGGGCAAUUACUGUUUUAGCAAAGCUGCACCAAUUAGU